AGACACUUCCUGUGGCAGAGAAAAGAGGUAGUGAGCUGGUGUUUCAGGAUGUGAGGGCCCGCAGGAGCAGAGCCGGGCUCUCUGUGUUGCCUGCCUGCCGCCGUGCAAGCUCUGGCCGGGGCUGCCCACGGUCCCCAUGGUGGGCGCUCCUCGCAGCAGGGACCCGUGAACAGCGGCGGCAUGCCGGGGAAACCCAAGCACCUGGGUGUCCCCAAUGGGCGCAUGGUUCUGGCUGUCUCAGAUGGAGAGCUGAGCAGCACGGCAGGGCCUCAGGGCCAGGGCGAGGGCCGAGGAAGCUCCCUCAGUAUCCACAGCCUCCCUAGUGGCCCCAGCAGCCCCUUCUCCACCGAGGAGCAGCCUGUGGCCAGCUGGGGCCUGUCCUUCGAGCGGCUGCUGCAGGACCCGCUGGGGCUGGCUUAUUUCACUGAGUUCCUGAAGAAGGAGUUCAGCGCUGAGAAUGUAACUUUCUGGAAGGCCUGCGAGCGCUUCCAGCAGAUCCCGGCCAGCGACACCCAGCAGCUUGCUCAGGAAGCCCGCCAUAUCUACCAGGAAUUCCUGUCCAGCCAAGCGCUGAGCCCAGUGAACAUCGACCGGCAGGCCUGGCUAGGCGAAGAGGUGCUGGCACAACCCCGACCGGACAUGUUCCGCGCGCAGCAGCUCCAGAUCUUCAACUUGAUGAAGUUCGACAGCUACGCGCGCUUCGUCAAGUCCCCGCUGUACCGUGAGUGUCUCCUGGCGGAGGCCGAAGGACGCCCCCUGCGGGAACCUGGCUCCUCCAGCCCGGGCAGCCCUGACUCCACGAGGAAGAAGCCGAAGCUGAAGCCCGGGAAGUCGCUGCCGCUGGGCGUGGAGGAGUUGGGGCAGCUGCCAUCUGCUGAGGGCUCUGGGGGCCGCCUGCUCCGCAAGUCUUUCCGCAGGGAACUGGCAGCCGGGGCCCCAAACUCGGCCUUGCGCAGAGAGUCCCAGGGCUCCCUCAACUCGUCCGCCAGUCUGGACCUUGGCUUCCUGGCCUUUGUCAACAGCAAAUCUGAGAGCCACCGGAAGAGCCUUGGGAGCACAGAAGGUGAGAGUGAAAGCCGGCCAGGGAAGUACUGCUGUGUGUACCUGCCCGAUGGCACAGCCUCCUUGGCCCUGGCACGAUCUGGCCUCACCAUCCGUGCCAUGCUGGCAGGCAUCUGUGAGAAACGAGGCCUCUCUCUACCUGACAUCAAGGUCUACCUGGUUGGCAAUGAGCAGAAGGCCCUGGUCCUGGAUCAGGACUGCACCGUGCUGGCGGACCAGGAAGUGCGGCUGGAGAACAGGAUCACCUUCGAGGUCGAGUUGGUGGCUCUGGAGCGCGUGGUGCGGAUCUCCGCCAAGCCCACCAAGCGGCUGCAAGAGGCGCUGCAGCCCAUUCUGGCGAAGCAUGGCCUGAGCCCGCAACAGGUGGCGCUGUGCCUGCCAGGCGAGAAGCAGCCGCUGGAUCUGGGGAAGCUAGUGAGCUCGGUGGCGGCCCAGAGACUGGUUUUGGACACUCACCCAGGUGUGGAGAUUCCCGAAGCUAGGGACAUAGCCCAGCGUCGCAGCCAGGGCGGCCAACCUAGAGCCCAGAACAAGGCUGCCUAUCCCCCUCCACUGUCCCUCAACUCCAUGGCGGAGGGGCCGAGUAGUCUCACUGGGAAGCGGCAGACCUGUGACAUUGAAGGCCUGGUGGAGCUGCUGAAUCGGGUGCAGAGCAGUGGGGCCCACGACCAGAGGGGCCUUCUGCGCAAAGAGGACCUGGUGCUUCCAGAAUUUCUGCAGCUGCCGGCCCAAGGGCCCAAUUCCCAGGAGGCCCCACCACAGACUGAAUCAGAGGUCCAGCCCAAGGGGGACCCCUUGGACUCCACUGACCACUCGGGCCUCUGACAGCUGCCCAACAGUCCAGGCCGGCUGCAUGGCACCUGGCGGGCCAAGCAUGCCGUGGGCCCGCUCUGCAUGCCCUGUCUUUGACAUGAGCGUCCUUGGCCCCUUCCUGCCACGGGCAGGCCCGCAGGAAGAGCUGGACGGGGGUGGAGAGCGGGCUCAGAGGAGCCACACCCCACAGCUACCACCGCUUGGUCCCUCAUCAGUUCACUCACCCAUCCCUUGCUGCCAGGUCACUGAGGGGAGGUGGGCCUCGCCUCCCCAGUACAGGCAUGCCCAGCACAGAGGGGCAGCGUUGGCGGUGCCAGCCCCCCCACCCUGUGCUAAGCCUCAGCAGGGAGCAGGAGGUGGGGCUGGCCCCUCCUCAGGGAGCUGGUAUGAGUAAGGCCUGGGGGUGCAGGUGGGCAGCCCCUCACUCUACUCACAUAGGCUCUGCUGGACGUAUGGAUUUUGCAGUUGGCCUGGGGCAGCUGGGUUUGUCCUGGAUGUACGAUAUUGUUAUUAUAAUAGUAAUUAUUAUUCUCCCGUGAGGUGUGUUCCUUGUGUGCCUGUCUACCCUGUGUUACCCCCCCUCCUGAAACUGCACUGCCUCUGUCACCAAGGUCAGUGCCAGGAAGCCCUUGGGGACCUCAGGAUGUGCCCCCUGACUUCCUGUUGUCAGAACUUCUCUUCCUGACUGCACAGAGUAUUGGGGUGU